GGGGGGGGGGGGGGGCGGGGGGGGGGGGGGGGGGGGGCUGCGGAACCCCUGCCUACCGAUGCACCAGCCGUGGGCGUCGCUGCUGGUGCACGGCACCAAGCGCGUGGAGGGCCGCUCCUGGCCUUCGCCGGUCACCGGCCGCCUCUGGAUCCACGCCGCCUCCAAGGUGCCCGACCCCGACACUGUCGCCGCCAUGGAGGACUUCUACUGGGAGAUCUACGCCGUCGGCGGGGUCCACCACAUCGACUUCCCCCAGCACUACCCCGUCUCCUGCCUCCUCGGAUGCGUCGAGGUGGUCGGCUGCGUCAGGUCCGAGGAGCUGGUCUGCUGGGAGGAUGUGCCUCAAUCAUAGCAGCAUGGGCGAGUUGAGGUGGGGGACAGAGAGGCUGUGUUGUGUGGGUUCUGAUCAUGGUAUAGCAGCACACUUUCCAGCGUCGAUUUAAGCAAACGAUGAUGCAAGGCUCCUCCUCCUUGUACUGCAUGUCUUCAUCGACUUGAUUCUUUGACAGGGAGAUAUUUAAAGCCUUCACUUGUUCAUUGUGUCAUCUGUUGAUUACUUUUUCUAUUAUUUUCUUGCAAAGCAUGUAAUGGUUUGGAGUAGUUGAUCAUGGCCUGAUGGAACAUUCAUGUUGUUAGCAUGUAUAUAUCUACACUAUUACAGCAGCUUGUUGAUCAAGCACUUCUUUCUAUCUAAAUGUGUGCACAGAAGUUCAGUUACCUUCUAAAACAUUAUUGGUGCACUAUAUAUAUAUAUACACACUAUCUAUAUAUAUAUACACUAUUAUAGCAGCUUGUUGAUCAAGCGCUUCUUUCUAUCUAUAUAUAUACACUAUCUAAAUUGUUUGCAACAACAUUAUGCACAUGAGGCAGGACUACACAAGUGAAUUGUCAUAGUAAGGUCCUUCCAUGGAUUUCAUGUGGCUCCUUGAGUUGUAAGAUGCAGCUCCAACAUUGAAUAUAUUUUGAAUGUUUCCAAAGAUACUCUCUGUUACGUUUACUUCAAUAUAUACAUGCAUGUUACUAAUAGAAGCUGGCUGCAAGAAUCCGUACACAUAUAUACUCUCUUGUACAGUACAUUGCUAGAUCACUCACUAGGCAUUAUGUAAUACUACUAGGAGAUAUGGGUGAGGGACUAAAAGGAUGAUACGCUUCCAUGAAUUUAUUUGUAAGAAGUUUUUCUUGGCUGUGUACAAAUCAGCCCAAAUGAAUUUAUGUUCUUUUUACUUCCAGAGUUAUAGUGCACUCAUACUGUCAUCACAUUGCGUGUUCUUGCUGCAUAUACCUCUCUAUUUGCUUAGGCAGACAACUACUUAUGUAAUAUGCAAACAACAGCAACAGAGUUAGUGAUGCUAAUUCUACCUCUUGUUACAGAAUCAGAAUUCCUCUUGUUGCACAGGACAACUCCGUUUCCUCUUGUUAUAGAAUCAUAAUUCCUCUGCUUCUUAUGCUACUCUGCUAGAACUCUGCUUUUCUACUUGUCAUAUUGAAUAUACAUGUUCUAAACAUUAUACAGUACUUUCGUUGUUAACUCCAAACAACUUGGGAUCUUCUCUUCUGCAUGCAGCAACUGCCUUACCAGUACGCCGCCAAGGGGGCAUGCCUUGCCCUGGUAGCAAGGAGGGAGUGGAGCCUGUGGCAGGUCGCCGACCACGCCUUUGAGCUCGGCGCGCCGGACGUGAUCAUUCACCCCGGGGACGUCGCAGACCCCGACGACUACAACAGAUUUGUUCAGGCCACAAUCGACCACUACGACCAAUGGCGACCGUGGAAGGCAUGAUGAUAGUUCAUAUUGUCAUUCUGUUAGUCCAGUGUAAUGAAGGUCAUGGCCUAGUCAAGUAUGGUCGCCCAUUGAGUCAUGCAUAUGUUUCAUAUGAUUGGAGCAGGGGCCCAGUUUGUGCCGAUUGUCACUGCAUAUGUUUAACAGUGAUUCUACUUGUAUAUGUGUUAUUACACUAGUAGAAUUUGUACCUGUGCGAUGACUGGAGCAGGAUCCCAAUAUUUGUAGAGAUUGUAACAUUGAUUGUCACUGUAUACAGAUUGAUUCUGGUUGCUGUUACUUGAAGUAUUUCUUAUGUUUUAUGUCU